UUUGACGCGUGCUGCUGCGCGCUGCGCGUAAGACUUAGUCUUAGCCAUGUCAGUGCCCAUCGUUACUGGUUAUUACCGCUACACAGAUAUCUGGCAUGAGUGGUCUCGAGUUGUUCCAGAAAGACACGGACAGCUUCUCAAAGCCACCCUUGCGCAUGAUGCUCUAACGCAUCAAGAUCACCCAUUGCACGUAGACGGUGUCGAGGGUGCUCAGUUGUUCAUCGGAACACUUCAUUCUGGGGAGCAGAGAUUGUUAUUUUCAUCGAAACAAGUGGACUACAUUCGCUACUGGCUCUACGCUAUGAAGCUCACGGAAACAGAGAUUCCUUUGCCUUACUCUGAAUGCUUGUUGCUCGAGGGCGAGGGUAGCGACCUUCGAAAUGUCACGACACGGGUUUACAAAGAUGGCUCCCACCUUCAUGGUGCAUUGAGGGAAAUUGACAAGAUAAACAAGAAACUCAAGGGCUCAAACCCCAGCCUGGUAUCUCGUCAGAUCAACUUUAGGCACGUCCGUCGCCUCUUCGCAGAGAAAAAGUAUGUUUGGCUGGCCAUCGACAUUGAGGCUUGGGAGAUGGAUCACAGCCUCAUCACGGAAUUUGGUUGGAGUGCCCUUCACUGGGUGGAAGGGAAGGAGGUGCUUGAGGACGGGCAUUGGAUCGUCAAAGAGUACGAGACGUACCGUAAUGGGAAAUACGUCCCCGACAAUCGCACUCGAUACAACUUUGGACAGAGUGAGGUGCUCCGCAAAGUCGAUUUCAAGGACAAGAUCAGCAAACUUUUUCAAAAAUACAGAAGCCUUGGUGCUCUUUUCCUCGUUUUUCAUGAUUCCACUGGCGAUAUAAAAUACCUCAAAAGUAAGAUGAUCGAAGCGCCGUUGGAUGAUAUAUGCUACCUUCUUUCAAAUGCAUCACCGGACGAUGGGCUCUUCGUCGUCGACACAUCCGACUUGUUUGCGGCUCUCGAAGGCGAUGGAGGACAUGAUCGCCGCGGUCUGGCCAAGGCCUGCAAUCUUCUCGGAAUAGACACCAAAUUUUUGCACAAUGCCGGGAAUGAUGCUCAUUAUACUUUAAUGGCAUGUAAAGAUAUGGCUGAGGGUGAGGAACUGGAGAUACAAAGAGAGCGCCGCUGGCCCAAUUGCAUUGUACAAGGCUCCGUCAAAGUGAAUUUCUUGCCUCACCAAGAGGACAGUGACUACUCCGAUGAAGAAGGGCUGUUGGGGUGAACAGCUGUUUUUUCUGUACUCUCUCAAGUUGUUGAAUCUGCCAGAUGUAAAAUCUUACAAGUGUGUUCAGUCAGUAGCAAUAUCUCCUUGAUCUGUAUGUAAAUAAUAAAAAAUCCUUAGUACGAUCACAC